CCAUUAAAUUAAGUAAAUUAUGUAAGCUUAAGUUUCUGUUUCAAGAAAUGGGUAUAUUUCUGUUACACUUUCAUUUUCUCAUGAAGACCCUCCCCUUUUGAUAAGCUAUAAAAUGGGCACUGAAACAGACGUUAUUUCAUUCUCCUCCUGAUCAAAGAUGGAUCUGCAAAUCUCAGUUUUUCUUCUCUUCAUUCUUUUCACUGCAGGACACUCUCUCGGCUGUUAUGAGUGCAAGAGUAUAACGGGUUCUUGUGCGGGACAAACGGUAAAAACAUGUCCCAGUGGAUCUCUUCAGUGCGCGAGUUCAACAGUUGUGGUACAAAUGAAGGCUAAAGAUUGUGCUCCUGCCUGUCAAAGUGUGUCCCUGAACUUAGGCACUGUAAAGGUGACUUCUUCCUGCUGUAACACGGACAAGUGUAACCUCCAAGAUCCUCCAGAUCCCUCUAAAAAUGGAAAGACAUGUUACACCUGUGAUGGACAGAGCUGCACAACCAUUUUGAGCUGUUUGGGGACUGAAGACCGCUGCAUUAAAGCAACAGUGAGUUUCAUAGGCCAGUCAGCUGUUGGAAAAGGCUGUGCCUCUAAAUCAGUUUGUGAUGCCACAACAUCAAUUGCUGGUAUUGAGAACAUCUCAUGUUGUGAGGGGGACCUGUGUAACGGUGCUCAGAGUGUCUCCCAGAGCUUCCUGUUCCUCUGCUGUUCUCUGCUCUCCUACUUCCUGCUGCACUAAAUCCAGCAGCUCUUCAUCCUACAAUGAGACAUGUAUCAAAUCAGCUAUCAGAAAAUGUUAGAAUUAUUUUGAUUUAAAAAAAGUGUAUAUAUUUUUCAUGAGUUUGUAAACAAUUGUGCUCUCAAUAUCAGAAUUUUCCUGUUCAGUUAAAGAUGACAUUUUACAAAUACUUGGUAAAUGUUUGUCAUUUUACCUCAUGCACAUCAUGCAAUUAAAAUUUUUGUAUACAAGUUUUUGUUUUAUCUGACAAUAGCAAUUUGAUUGAGCUCUGUUAAUAAUUGUUACAGCUUUUCUUUAAGCCUUUCUUUGAUAACAGGAGUGAGCAAGUUUUUCAUGUGUACAGAGUCCAUAGAAGCAAACGAUGUCUUUUUGUUCCAAUGAAUAAACAUUCUCAAAUCCACUUCCUGUGUCUCUCAUGCCUUCAUUUUGAUGACACCUAAUAAAAAAAUAAAAGUUAAUUGCAACUUUUAAAUAUCACAAUUCUGAUUAUACAACCCUGAUUUUACAACCCACUCUUGCCUCUCUAGCCUGUGUAAAUGUGGUUUUGUGCAUGUAUGUGUGUUCAGUAGUCAAGGGCGUAGAUUUAGACAUCUAUCUAUCUAUCAUAACUUUAUGGAAUUUAUCUAUAACCAUUCAUCAAAUUCUAAUAUAACGGAGUAAUUCUAAAAAGAAAGAAAUUAUGUUAAAUAUUGAAACCACCAGUAGGUGGCAGCGAUUCGACUGUUUAAUGAGUGAGCUACUUAAAUCGUUCAUUCAAGCCAAUUCGUUCAAAAGUCAUAUUAAUUAAGGAAGAAAACAAACACCGAUGUGAAUACUUUUGUCAUUGAUAAGACACUAUUGAAAAAUGAAGUAACAAAACAGACGGCUGUUUUUGGUAACUGGUUACAGUUACACUGAUAGUUAUGGCUAAAUUGCAAUGGAUUAGCUAGCUAAAAUAAUGCUAAAAUAUAUGUGGAGUGUACUUAGCUAUUACAAUGUUUUCAUACCUCCUUCUCAGUACAUGCUUUAUUCUUUUUAACAUCCCUCUUUGAACAGAAGUUUAAUAUAGUCGGCUGGGCAACGGUUGUCUUCAUUUUUUGGUGCUACAACACAGUCUCACCCCCUACUCGUCAAAUGUCUGACGCAUGGUCAAGAGACCCUGGCGUCACUUUUUAACGCACUGGGUAUACCUUUGGCGUUAUUUUUCGACGUGCAGGGUAGUCCGAUAGACUUCUAUAGAACUCAACAGCGUUGAAAUUUGACGUCUUGGGUCAGCACACCGCAACCCGUUGUCUGCCUUAUGGGUCGACACUACAAUAAAUAAAAAUAAAAAAGGAAUAGGCUACAAAAAAUGAUUUAUGCCAGGGCGAGUCAAAUGGCGGCUCCCAGAUCAUUUUUAUCUGGCCUUCCAACUGUUUUUUGAUGUUUAAAAACCCUUGCAAUCUGAUAUCAAAGUGCCCUCUGCAUAAAGGUUUAGCGCGUUCAUCAGCGGUGAGUUUAACAACGCACACGGUGUACAACCGCAUUCAGCGGUGAGUUUAACAACAAUCAACUGCAGGUAAAACGGCGUUCAGAGGUGAGUUUGACCAAAGCAACGCUCAACUGCAGGUAAAAUGGCAUUAAAAGGUGACUUUAACAACGCUUCAAGGCGCGUGCAAGUAAGCAUUUUAAGAGUUUUCUUGUCAUAGGUUGGACCCCAGCUAACACACGACGUAACAGUUACGUAAUGUAUUCGUACUUUUUGGUAAUGUCAUGACUUACUAACUGACAACGUAACUACGACGUCGCAUGCCAGUAAUUUCAUUACCUUCAGAUUACCAUCUCACAACGUCGUCAGUACGUUCUCCUAACGUUAUAAGAUUACCAAGAACGUUCCAGAUACGUACUCUAUUCGUAAUAUAUUGGUAAUUCCACGACUUACUAGUAACGUAACUACAACGUUGUAUGCCCGUAAUAAUAUUACCAUCAAAUUACCAUAUCACAACGUCGUCAGUACGUUCUCCUAACGUUACAAGAUUACCAAGGACGUUCCAGAUACGUCCUCUAUUCGUAAUAUAAUGGUCAUUCUAUGACUUACUGGCAACGUAACAGCAACGUCAUAUGCUCGUAAUUUCAUUACCAUCAUUUACACAUUCUUUAUAUGUUAUUAUUACCAGAAUUUGCAAUAUAAAACGUGUAAUUAAAUGUCAGACACAAGACUGAAAUGUCCCUUAAGAAAAAAAAUGUUUCUUUUCACCAAAUCAGAGUAUGGAUAUGGAUGACUGCUUUUAUAGUGACGUGACAUACAGCGCGCGCCUCCACAAAUGGAGUGCGCGUGCCCACAGUAUGUUGAUAAGAGUGUAAAGUUAAUUUUUCUGAGAGAAGAAUUUAUUUUUAUGAGGUGACAACGAAUAAAUGGCUUUUAUAAAAAUGUAUAAAGUUAACUUUGGAAAGACGCAAAACCUUUUUUAUUGUUAUGUUUACGUUAGUGCAGGUGGCCGUUAGAGUUGCCAUGGCAACCGGGAAAACAUUCAAGCUGCCGGAGAGGACAGCAUCAACGUUUCUCCGUGUUUCUCGUCAGUUUUAUAGCAAUAAAGUUCAACAACUGCGUCAGAUUGGUUAAGUAACAUUACCCACAGUCUACUUUAAGUACUUUUGUUAAUAUUUUUACCUCUGUGAUUUCCUUGAUCGUCUGAAAUAUAUGUUAGCAAAAUGGUACGUUAGCAUAGCAUAUGUUUUUAAUGAUACUGAGAGCAAAACGUCUUGAAUGCUUUUAUUUCAUGUUUCGCUGUAGGCUAUAUGUUUUUAUUCAUAGUUUGAGUGUAUUUUAUUGUUUUUAUUUGGAGUUUUGUUCAUGUUCUGUGUGUUUUUCAAAAUAAAUGAAUUUAAUUCAUUUCGAGUCUGCAUUCAUCGUUCACAGCUGUUGGAAUAGCCUUUACAUUAGUUUGGGCAAAUGAGGACAUAAAUUAGGUUAAACUACUGCAUAGAAAAAUAAAUAAAUAUAAGAAUUACCAACUGAUGACCAACACACAACUAUUGAUACACAACGUUGCCACGACGUCGCAGUUACUAACUGGCAACGUCACAAAGUUACGUUGUGGCGACGUAUAGGCACCUUUCACUUUUCCGGUUGCCACGUCGCCACGACGAAAGUUUGGUCACCAAAUUACGUUGCAGUUACGUAACAGUCACGUAUUUUGGUUAGCUGGGACACUGCUUUAAUUAUAGCAUGCUGGAUAACGUUUUUAUCGGAGGUUUGUUGAUUUUAAUAAAUAUAUAUAAUAUGCUACGAUUGAGUUCAAUUAAUCUUUUUUUGUUGUUGUUGUUUUAUUAAAUUCUCUAAAUUAAUAACGCUGACGUCAACGUAUGGGCGAUCCCAAGGUCCAUUGCGAUUUUACACUCGAUUUCAAAAUGUCUCAAAGGAAGUUCAAGCCUUGCCCUUCCUGCCAAGCACCUAACCAGGUGAGCCGCAAAACCUGCAGCUCUUGUUUCUCACCCAUCUCCCAAAAAAACAAAGUAGCUGCCAAAAAAAUGACCCUGGACAGGAAGUGGGGGGAAAGGGUCCUAAAAAAUAGAAAUGCGGGAAGAGUGGUGGACUCUGCCCAUAUUGCAGUAAAAAAACUAAGUGCAUUGGGCUAUGUCCCAAUUCUAUUUUUCGGCAAGAAGGAUAAGGCCUCUGGAAAGUGGGUGGCCGAUGUGGUGACUCAUCUGCCACCCACUGAGGAUAACCUAAAAAUUGUGGCCACCAUGAGAAAGGCCUACAAUUUUGUAUUGAUCAAAGAAGGGAACUCCACGACGACAUUGCCCGAGCCCCAACCUCAGGCCCAGACCGAGCCCCAGCCUCAGGCCCAGCCUGAGCCCCAGCAUCAGGCCCAGACCAAGCCCCAGCCUCAGGCCCAGCCAGAGCCCCAGCAUCAGGCCCAGACCGAGCCCCAGCCUCAGGCCCAGACCGAGCCCCAGCCUCAGGCCCAGCCAGAGCCCCAGCAUCAGGCCCAGACCGAGCCCCAGCCUCAGGCCCAGCCAGAGCCCCAGCAUCAGGCCCAGACCAAGCCCCAGCCUCAGGCCCAGCCAGAGCCCCAGCCAGAGCCACAGCAUCAGUUCUUGGCCCUGGCUGAGUCCCAGCCUCAGGCCCAGGAAAAAGAGACAUUUUAUCUUUUAGAUUUAUACCCCGUCUCUCUCCCUGUGAAAGAACAACCCCCCCCCAAAAAAAGAAAGUGUUGCCGGAAAUGUAGUAGGCAAAAAGUUUUCAAAUAUGACUCCAUAACAGGAAGAAGGAUAAAUGAGGGGCAAGCAGAAGUAAAGGUGAAAUGGUUACCUUGCUCUGCAUGUGGAAAAAUCUGGGAGGAGACAUGGGAGCCGGCCUGCCAGUUCCCACCAGGUGCCAACCAUGUGUGACGUCACCCAUUGGUCUGUAAUUCAAUAUGAGUUGAAUACCUGCUAUGAGUUGUCGAGUUACCUGUUACGGGCACAGCCAUCCUGGUUGCGGAUGUGACUAUUUUAGACGAGAAGGAGGAGCCACGUUACGUUACACACUUUCAAUGGUUUCCACCCUAACAUGCUGUCAUGCUGGUUUUUUUCUUUAUUAUUGAUUUUUGUACAAAAAAAAAAGCUGUGUUCAAAUAAAUCAAAGUAUACCUAUAUUUCUGUUUGUCUUUCCAUUCACUUUGUGGGUUAGCCAAUCAGCUGAAAUCUUCUUCAAUGCGUCAAAUGAUAUAUUGCAAUAUGAUGCACAAAAGUAUGUAGGAAGGUGGGACAUGUUUUCAUUUAUAUUAAUUAACACCAUUAAGAGACAGUUGAUUCCACCAGCUAAACCAUAUAUAUUAUGGGGAAGCACAGGCGAAGCACUGCUACUUGGGCGCAGAGAUAUUUGUGGAUUUCAUCUGUUGCGUGAUAUCUCUGCGCCCAAGUAGCAGUGCUUCGCCUGUGCUUCCUCAUUAUAUAGUCCCAAGUCAAUAUCUGCCUAGGAAAUCGCCUAGUCUUAAUCUGCAUCGCUAUUUGUAUUCAUUGUGAAUACGCAGGCCAGUAAUUAAGUAAUUAGGUGUUUUUUUUUUGUUGUUUUUUUUGGAUCACUUUUACUCGGGACAUACUAGCUGGCAACAUAGGAUUCCAUUCAUUAUGCUAAGCUAAGCUAGCGCCGACCCUGCCAAACUAAAACAAUGCAUGCACUGGGACAAAAAUGUAUUUGCCCACAUAUCUAAAUGUAUGAAAAAGUUGAAUAAGCCCUAUUUCUAAAAACGGUGGAAUGUUCCUUUAAGGGUCAUGGGUUUGAUUGUCCAUUUCCAACUAUCCUUUCACCCUCUGCCUUCUCUGCUAUCCCUGGACUGUCCCUGUAUUAAAAGCAAUGGAAAUGCCACAAAAGAAGUCAGUGGUAGUGGAAUUGCAAUGUUGGAUUUCUGGAUUUCUAUUAUGUUUGUAUUUUUCUCUUACUCUCUUUGAAGAUUGUAAUAUGCAAAGGCUUGAGGAUCUUCUUCGGGAUUCAGAGAGCAUUGAUGGGCAGGAUUUUGCUCAGCAGCCACCAUUGUCCAGUUGGUGUCAAAGACAGAAAGAGGUCCAACAAUGUUGGCAACAGGCGAGGCCACAAAACAUUGACAACUUGCUGUCAGCUGAGAACAUCUUCCAGAUGACAUGUAAUUACUGUCACGUGAGAGAAGCCAUCAUUCGUUGUGGGGAAUGUUUGCCCUCAGAGUGGUUUUGUGCAGAGUGUGAUCAGUUGGUACAUAAACACCACAUUCUGCACAGUAGGCAAACCAGCAUGUAUGGCUUUUAUAAAUACAUUCCUCCAACCGAGUUUGUGAAACUCCAUGAUGGCAAGUACAUUGUCUGUGAACAAGGUUGGUGUCUCUUUUUCAAUUGAUUUGCAUUUUUUCAGACAACAUUAGUAAAUCAUGCAUUAUGUUUUCCAAGUACUUACUCACAAUCCAAACAUUCUUUAAUUUCAUCCUGAUUGUCUUUUGCUCUUGCAGAGUGUUUGCUGCCAACAGCCUUUCCUCAAAUGAUAUGCUCCUGUGACACUCGUGAGGUUGCCAUCUCUGUUGGUAGAGAGUGUGUUUGAAACAUUUUUCUUUCUUCUUAUCUUUAAUCUAGGAAAUGCAGCAUCCAGUCCGGUUGAUGCUCAUGGUUUGCAGAUCUCCAUCGAAGCACUCUUUGUGAGUAUUUGUCAGAAGAAGCACUACCUUUACAGACAGAAUGACCGCAACAAAAGGUGUCAGAAGAUUAGUCAGAAGAUUGCCCAAGAAAAGAAACGCUUGCUAGAAGAGAUCCAGAGAUACAACCAACAACCUGAUGGUGAUCUUGUGGACACAAUCUCAGUUGUGCAGAAACUCUCCAACAAAGCUGCAGAGAGCAUGAUCUGGCCUUGGCAGGAACAGAACACAGAUGGUGUCGACAUUAUCACCAAGAAGAAGCUCUUUGACCAACUAAUGCUUGUCUCACGACUGACAGAAGAAAAACAGAUCCUUGUGAAGGAGAUGAUGCAGCACUGACUCAGCAGAAAAGGUUCAGUCACUGAUGGCCACCGUUUCAGUGUGCACACAAACAGCAAGCUAUACGAAUGGAUUCACAGAGGAGGGGUCCAAGGGCCUCAUCAGUCUACUUAAGAGAAGACUGCAAGACCUCAGACUCAGACAGCAGACUGUAGCAUGCACAUACAGAGGCAUUCUCGAACCAACUCCUAGGCUGGUGGAAGAGGAGAAAGGGGAAAUGGAUGAAGAAUUGGAUUGGCUACGUGACAUCAGCUAUGAUGAUUAUGAUGAUGAUGAUGCAGAGUUGGGGACUCGAAUCAGACUCAGGUCACAGUUGUAAUCACUUUUGCUUUGACUUGUACUUUGAUGAUUUGAAAAGGUUUCUAAAGUCUUGACAAAAGUCUUGACUGUCAUUUUGUAAAUUAGUUCAAUUGCUACAUAUGUUCUCAUAUUCUACUCUCUUUUAUGUUACUGGAAUUGUGAUAGUCAUGGUUAUGUAUGCAACUGAUAAUGUCUGUAAAUACUUGCUGAUAACUGUAUAUAUGUAAACAGAAAUACAAAUGUGAUUUGUCAUCUGAC